UACCGCUGGUCCUCUCAGGUCCUAGGGUACAAGUACACCUGCACCUGCAUCAGUGCUAAAAAGUCCUACAUCGUCAUAUUCAAGGUAGUAGAUUAUUUUCUAGAUCUUUCAGAAUAAAGUCAUGGAUCGGUGGCGAUCCACUGGUGCCCCGACCUCUCUCAUUUCCUUCAAGUGUUAGUAGUCUAUAUUCCCUAGUCCAAACUUCUCUUACAGCAAUGGAUCCGAAAAAGAGCUUUGCCACUACCGAGCCGGCCUCUGUUGAUGAUGCUCUAUUUGACUUAGACCCGCCGGUCGGGCGGCGCGUAGAGGAUCCUCAGGCAUCUUCUUCUAUCCACCCAAGACGGCGGUCACAAUCGAGCCUACGAUCGGAAUUCAACCCACAGACGCCUUCGCCAUGCGCGACUCGAGAGGCUCCCGGGGAGGAUUGUGCACUACAGAGAUUCAUAGUAUGGGCCGCUGUUAAACGAAACAAGUCUACUCGAAUGGUACCCAACGAUCGCCUAAGAUGCCCUCUCGUCUUGUGUGGAGAACGAUUCGACGACCAUGAGAAGAUGCUUAGGCACCUAACCAAGUGCCAACAUCUCAAGACCGGUGAAUAUUUGUGCUACGACUGCAUGAAAGUUGAACGAUUCAACGACGAAAAAUGCCGAUGUUGCCUAGGCCAUCCAACUAAACGAAAACGUAUUAUGAACUUGGCGAGGAACUUCUUUUCGAACAUUGGAAACAGAUCACGAAGAAGCUUGUCCCCAUCUAACUUCCAGGAAGACGUCUCUAUGCCUCCACCCAGCUACGAUUCUCUCGUCAUUGACCUUGAUGAGAUCAGUCAGCAGCAGCAACAACAACAACAGGAGCAAGAUCGACAGCAACCUCAGCCUCAGCCCCAGCUCGAGUUAAAUGGAAACGAGAUACACGAGUUAGACUCGAUGCAAAUGUUACCGACAGCUCAACUCGAUUCCGUUAAUUACGACACAGACACCCCAAUGACUUCAGACCAACACGAUGCUACUGUAGGAACCGUAGCGCCUCAACAACUAAAUACCUUCUCACAACACGCAUGGCCCGUAACACAGAAUGCUAAUAAAGACGAGUCUAUACCUCCCAUAAAUUUAACACCCACAAACUCGGGCAGUCGUCGACCUUCUCUAGCCCUGAAUACGCAUAUUGACCACUGCAGACGCGCUCCUCGUUCGAAAUACCUCUCUCCAAGUUCGUCGCUCCGAUCAACCGGUAGUUCGCAAAUGAUAUCACCGAUUACCCCAUGGAGCGCAAGUUCUGGUGACUCUGGAGCUUGGACGAUGUGCUCUGGCAUAGAUACCGCGAUGACAUCGCCAAUUACGCCAUUAAGCUCGGACUGUCCUCCCUUUGACAUUUUACCUUCAUCAAAGGCUCCCGACAAGAUGCCAGUAGAUGAUUGCGACUAUAUGAUCGGUAACAUGUCUGAACUGCCCGGUGAUGACUCUCUGCCCAUACCACGUGGCCUAUCCGAUCCACUGUUCUUCUCUUUUGAUCCAAAGGACAACUACUCCUGGAUGCCAUCAGUGAAUACAGAGAUAUCACUUGCCACGUCGGUAAAUAUGAUGUUCACGGAUACCAACUCCAAAUCCGCGAACGUGUCAUCUAGGCUCGCCGAGCCUACCAGUCAUGGACCUGAUACCAGGAUGCUUGUACAGUCAUCAUGGGAAGCCUUAGAAGAACAUGUAUCAUCGUCGAUAUCGAAGUUGUCACAUAUUGAGGGGAAUCCAUUGGUCGAACGACUUCGAAUGCAGUCGCCGAAAGCGAUAGCAUUAAGUGGCCUUUCAAGCCUGCGAAAUGUGCUCCAGGGCAGUAAUCUCACAGACCCCCUCGACUAUAUCUGCUUCGUUCACCUUAUCUAUGCAUUCUCGCUUGUGAUCCACGAAAACGAACUCGCAGCUCGUUGUGAUAUGCUAUAUCGACAAGCACUUUCCUACCGACGCUUCAUUGAUCCAUCUCAGGUCGAAUACUACACGCAGAUUGCAACAAUUAUCUGGCAACCAACCUCGAAUAACGAAUCCUCGACCCAAAGAAUCUCUCUACGUGGUUCAUCUAGUGGAAAAGGCAAAGAGCGUGAGCAUCGCACGGGCCCAAGAAUCAAUAUAGACACCGAUCCUCUUGUAGCGGUGGGACAGAACUUUCUAGAUGAUAUCGAACAUUCUGUCAUAAGUAGUAGUUCAGAGAGGCCCAUUGAAGUCAAUGCAUCUGAACUUUGGUCUACACACUUAGUUGAUUUCCAACCAGACUCAUCACAUGAAAGUCCCUUCACAAUAACAGUCGACUAUAUCAUUCAAUGCCUGGAUCUUAAAUUUUCCAACUCUAAAACGCUGUUACCAAGACUAACAGAAAUCGGACGAAGGGUUCGUGCUGGCCACAUUACCACCAUCCGCAAGCUUGAACUCGCAAUAUUGCAAGCUGGCAAGAAGUCGUUGGAAUCCUCUGAAACCUUUGAUGAAUUUAUUCCUCAGGUCAGGGGACUUUGCAACCCCAUCUACGCAGAACAGGGAUAUUCCACGAGAGCAAGAUAUCAAGUUCUGGCAGUAUCGCUGGUAGAAACUUUGAUUCAAAGCGUUUCAUCCGAUUCACAACACACGCAGGAGUCCGGCUCGUUUCCAUUUAACGAAUUUCUCGAGAACCUUCACGUAACUUUUGACGAUCCGAGCAGUGAUGAUUUCCUUGUCCCCCUAAGCACGAGUGCUUCAAGCCAAGCAGAUCUUUCAACAACUCGUAGUUUCAACUCGGCAGUUGAUCCUCUUGAUCUUCAAGGCAUCAAUCCUAAUGCUCGACAACCGACCACUACAUCGGCAUCGUUCCCUUCAACCGCCUCUCACCCUGGCACACCCGAAAGCUCCUUCGCCGCUUCGCUACCGAUUAUUCUAGGGGCCCCUCCAAAGUCUUCAACUUCAGGUCGCGCUGGAGCAAGCCCCAAACUUAUAUCCUCUUCGAUGCAGAAAAUAGAAGCGAACGACUGUUGUGAGAUCUGCGGGUAUCGCCCGAAAGGUGACCCACAGUGGUUCAAGGGCAGUAUGGCAAAACACAAGAAAAUGCAGCACGCGACGGGGCCGCCAAUUAUUUACAAGUGUCCCUACCCUGGCUGCAACAGUCAAUACAAGAAUCGCCAGGAUAAUCUACGUCAACACCAAAUAGAGAAAAAACAUUGGGUUGGAGAUGAGGCGUCUAGGAGGCCUAGCAAAAGGGCGAGAACUUCACCAAGCUAGGCACUAUAUUAAUAGCACAAAAAAGGGAUAUGAAGAAGACACGAAUACAUACGACGCGGAAUUUUGCAUUAGCUAGGUGUUUGGAUUUGAUUUUCUAGGCGGUGGCCUUUUGCAACUUCACUUCUCCAAAAAAGCCUAUUACUUCUCUACGCUUCUUGAGGCUUGGAUAGGAGUUUAGGGUGGGAGACUAGAGAUACCACCAAGCUUACAGUAGAGAUAGAUUUGGGUUGGAGGACACCUUGAGUAAAAUAUAUAACUACAGCUAGUCUGGAUAUAUACAACAUUCGUCCGCUUCUUCCUAUA